AUGCCACAACUAACCAGUGUACAGCCACCACCAACCUAUGGCAAUCAAUGGCAACCAGGUGAUUUAUCCCUGUUAGCGGGUGCGCGCCAACCUACACCGUUUCCUGGCCUAUCAUCGGUAUCAGUGGCUGCACCUUUUUUACUGAAUUCAUUGCCACCGCCACCUCCACGAAAUUCUCAGCCACCACCGCCUCUAAUGAACUCUUCGGUACCACCACCGUCUUCAGCUAGCUCUUCGGCACCACCACCAGAGGAAAAUGAUGAUGAUAAGGAAAAUGAUGAUGAUGAGGAUGAUAGGCGCUCUGUUCUUUCUCGAAAAGCCGUCGAAAUUCGGCAGCCGGCGAAAGUCGUGGAAAUUGGCGGGGGCGUAAAAACGCCAGCCAAUCUCAACGUCGGGGAAAAGAAGAAGGCAACGGGAGGGGCAAUGACAAUAAAAGAGGCAGCGGCAGAGGGGGAAAAAAUCGUGGAAUUGGUCAACAAUUUAAUAAUGGGAGUAGAAGAGGAAGAGGAAGAAGUUCCAACUAUGGAAAAUUUAAUUUUUAUUUGA